AUGGGCGCUGGACGACUGGUUGUGAGUUAUGAUGCCGGACAGACAGCUAUUGUCUGGGACCUCAUGACCGGCGACGAAGUAGCUCGAUUUGCCUCGUAUGAGCACUUGACCACAGCUGCUUGGAUGCGCAACGGCAAUGUUGCAUUCGGCAAUACCCAAGGCAACAUCAUCCUAUUCGAACCCACAACAUCAGAGCACAUCUCUGCGAGAACUAUAGAUCAGAUUGCUGUCACCUCUCUCGCUCCAGCGGCUGAUUGCAGGACAUUUGCGAUAGGCUACCAAAACGGCUCGCUGUUGAUAGCUACUCUCCAGCCACGAUUCACAAUUCUACACAAUCUUACCACCUCGAGAGCGCCUUCGCCCAUUGUCACCUUGAACUGGCACGCUUCUUCAUCCCGGCAAAAGUCGGACAUGCUGGCUGUCCAGACCCAUGACGGUGAUCUUCGGGUCUGGAGCGUCUCAAAGUCGUACAAUAGUGACGACCCAGCCAAGGUGGUCAGGAUAUUGAGGCGAACUGAAAACCAAAUCACCGGUCCCAACUGGAUGGCGUGGUCAAAGAACGGUCGCAUCAUCCAAUACUCGGACUCGAUCCCCACCCUGGAUAUCGUACGGGGCCUUGCUGUCUAUGGUCCUGGCGCAAGUCUCUUUACUCUCGGCGCAAACAACACUGUGCAGCAGUUUGACCUUAACGUCCCGUCGAUCAUUGUCGCCAAUGUCCAGCAUCCGGCCAACCUAUUGCCACCGUCGCCACCUGUGUCUAUUGAGGAGCAGGCUGACCAGUCGGCUCGAAGCGCUACCACAAUUGCCACGGAUUCGGAUGCCACGUCGGCAUCUAUCGAGGGGGUCUCAGAGAGUGAUGAUGAUCACCUUUCGCCGUUCGGCCGCAUAGUCCGCCAGAGCGUAGCCGAGCCCGCCCCCUCCAAUGCCGCCGACCGCUACGACACUGCCAGUCCUGUCUCAAGCCGCAGCGGACUCUCGUCUCUCUCAAGAUCGUCUGCGGGCUCUGCAACACCCGGUAGAUACCCGUCUUCAGUACUGUCUCGACCCCUGACCGAGAACACUUACAUUUCGUCUGGUGCCUCGUCUCUUCGCUCUUCACAGGCUCCCGUCUACAGAGAAAGGGAAAGAGACGUUUACUCGACUAGUAGCUUGAGUGGCACGUCACUGUCUUCGACUAGGUCUCGCAGAAAGCCGUCGCGUCUGCGCCAUGAAGUUUUGCGGAGCCCAGAAGACUCCAAGGUUCACGACCUCUUCCAGUAUACUCGCAGCCGCCUGAGCGACAUUCCUUACAAAAACGUGGCUGCCGAAUCCAGUCGUCUGACGAACGAUGACCUGCGUCGCCAGAUGCUUAGCACCAUCUUCGGCUGGCAGAGGGAGAUGGAUGAUCUGGUCCGCGAUGAGCUGAGUCGGCACCCCGCCGGCUCGGCCAGCCGGAUCCUCCUGUCCAAAUGGCUAGGCGACAUUGAUCCUGACAUCUUGGCCGCCAACUCCGAAAACAUGACCUCGUCUGACUGGAUGCUUUUGGCGCUGAGCGUUUGGGAGCGCCAAGCAGCUCUAAUCAAGAAGUGGGGAGAAUGGGCUGUGAUGCACGGGCAAACUCAGCUCGCAGUGGGAUGCUUUGCCUGCACCGGCCAGGAGUCUUCAGAACCAUGGACCUCACCCUCGGCUGCCCAGGUCAACUUUCAAAGCAUCAAUGCCGCGGUGAACCCAAGCAUCCCAGAGAUUCUCUCACCCCCACUCUCGCCACCUGGGAUCACCCGCGGGCCGCAGCGUAGCAUUGCAAAAACAUCAGCCCUCAAACUCAUCACAUCGUUCGGCGACCAGGGCGGAGCCAAGUCGAAGUUCUUCUCGCAACAAGACGGCGGACAGACUCCCAUCGCUGCUGGCGUGACCCCUAUUGCCGAGUCAGCCGUCUCCCCUGGAGGCUUUGAUGUUACCACAGCGUUCAUCCGCCCGUCCAACAGGAGUCAGUUCAACACGCCCAACUCGGCUAGGUCAAACACGUCUGCAUUUGGCCGUAAACGACUUCCAUCUAUCGGCGAGAUCCCUUCAGAUCUACCUCGUGAUCUGAAGCGGAGCGAGGCGUCCGCCACUCCCGUCGACCCUAACGAGGCUCGCCGAGCUGCACACACGCGAAUGUCGUCUUCUGACCAGGAAACAUUGGCUGCUGGCCUCUCACUUCAGCGCGCCGCGACCGCUAGCCCAAUGAUGAUGCGUGAUUACCCGAAACCGCCGCGAAGGCUGCGAACUAGAGAUCAGCCACCGCCAUCUCCAGACGCUCUUGUGACCGUCAAGAUGGAAGGUAACGUGAAUCGACGAAACGGUUCUCGCGACCGCAUCCCAAAGGUAUCAGCUGCAGCUGUGCCUAUGUGGCACCCGAUGAUCGGAGAAGUCACGUCCCCUGAACAAUCAGUAACAUCAUCGACUCGUUUCCACUGUGCAUCGCGGCGCCGUGAUCUAGGCUCUGUGGUAAGCUCCAUCACGUCUCAGUCUAGCACCGGCAGGAGCCACCGCAGCAACACUACUGGUGCUACUCGCCAGGAUUACAUUCACAGCCUCGACACUGCUCAGUUGUAUGGCAAGAAGCAGCGUAGCCGCCACAGCAGCCGCGAAGGCCGUCAAGAGUCUCGCGGACGAGGCGAGCGAGAGAGCAGCCGGUCGCGUACUCGUAAGGGUGCGUCGCGGGAACGCUCUGGGGAUCGCGGCCGCUCCGGGAGCCGCAAAUGGCCCAAGGCCAAGCGGUCACCAACAUCACCUAUUCCAAUGUCGCCUGAGGACCUCAUCAACCUGAGCACCCCCAAGAUGCUGGACAGGACGGGUGAAGAUCCCGUCACCGCAAGAAAGAGCAGCAAAUCCCGUCAGAGCAGUCGCAGCCGGCAACCGAAGAGCAGGACUUCCAGUCGCGGCAGUCAAACCCGUCGCACGAGUCCAGAGGCUCGCCAUCGACCUCCUGCGCUGGACUUGCGAGGUCGCAGCAAGGGCCGCGAAGGUUCUGCAAUCAGGUCGCCGUCCUCACCCGUUCCAAUGUCUGCGGGGGCCAUCCAUUACCAUGGCUCUGAGGAUGAAGAAGAUUACCGGAAGGCCGUUGAGGCGCAGGAAAAGUUCCGCCUGCGCCAUAACCGUAGCGCCAGCCAGAUUGAACCUAGAUCUCCAGACCUAGCUAGGCAAGAGCCAUCCGAGAGUCGCCGCCGCCCUGCGACGGCGUCUCCUGAGCACCCAAAGCAGACUGUCAUGGUCCGGGCCGCGCCCUCCACUGAGCACGCUGGCGACCUCAAGGCAAUGAAGGACGAGAGGCAGCGCAAGAAGGAACAGGCCGCCCGUGAGCUCGAGGAGCGCCGCAAGUCGCUCGCGAAGCGGCCGUUAGCACCUCUGAUCCCCCAUCCCAACGACAUUUCUCCGGCUCUGUCGCAAAUCGUCGAGGCUCCUACCUCGACGCAGAUGGAAAGCUCUCCCCGUUCCAAGACGGCCGACCCCACUCGAAGCAUGUAUGCCCGCAGCAGUCAGGGUGUGCACAUUGGCCUCCCAGCAACUCCAAAAGCCAUGCGUCUGAUUAUCGGCUCUGAAAAGGCAGCGCCGCCUGAAAUGCCGCCCAUUCCGGCGACAUUCGCUCAGCGACACUCGCCUACUGCGUCACCAAAUGAGCCUUACGCCAAGGUAGAGACUGGACAGCCGGAGGCAGAGCCGCUCACUCUCCUGCCGUCGACGGUCUACCAGCCUCCCACCAGGCCAAUGAUUCCUCGCAGCAUGUCAGCACCCAUUCCAGAUGAGCCUCUGGGUCGACGCAGGUCAGAUAUGCCACCGCCGGCUGGCAAAAGCCAUGGGCGAACGCACUCUCGAGGCCACUCGAUGCUGAAGGGAUCCACUAGCGAAAUCCGGGGCAUUGACGAGAUGCUGGGCGAUAGAAGCAUGAGCGAGUAUCGCAGGGCAUCUCACGAUGACAAUAUGCCGCCACCGCCACCACCACCCCCUAUGCUCAAGGAGCUACAACACCUGGCGAUGCCUCCCCCACCACCCCCAGCACCGUUGCCGCACUUCAUGCAACCCGGCGCUGGAGCACUUGGAACGGGUAUGAUUGAGAUUGUUGUGGACGACGACGAGCAGCAGGCGCCUGUGGCCACGCUUGUGGACACAUCCGUUCCUGUUCUGGCAGCGCCUCCGGUGCCUUCCGGCAAAGGGCACCACUCUCGCGGACGCAGCUUUACGGAGCGUGAAAGAGAGUCCCGAGACAAAGACAGCAGCAUUUCGACGCGGUUCACAAAGGCGACAGAGCGAUUCCGGUCGGCGAGCCGUCCGCGAAAAGACUCGAGCAUGGUGCGCAUCCGCUCACCUGGACUCGACGGUGGUCAGACCAUCGCUCCAUACGAGAGCGUGCCGAUGCCUGGAGGGUACGGCCAACACGACCUGCUACGGUCCCCCAUCAUUUCCGACCAGCAGGGUCUACCGACUGGGCUGCACGAGAGCGAGAUGAUCUAA